GAGCGGCCGUGGCGGAGGAACGGAUACGCGGAUCCAACACCGCUGCACUUUUGUUGUUUGUUUUUAUACUGUUGUAGUGUUUAUUUUCCCCACGCGCGCGGACUUAAUGAAGGAUGAGAAACCCACUUCCGUGAAGUUUUUUUUUUCUUGUCCAGUGCGCGAGCCGUGAGUACUAAAGAACGCAGACGAGCUGUAUGUGGAGGAGAGAGCUCUCGGUGCUGCUUACACACAGGAGAACUGUAUGAAGUGCUGAUCGUUUCAGUGGAAUGGAUAGUAUUUUUUAGACAACUUUUUUUUAUUAUUGGAAUCACUUUUACUUGGACACGCACAAGUUGAAUUACUUUUUCGAAGAAAAAAAAAAAAACCGAAAUGGUUUGGAAACAUCACGGAUCAGCUACUCAGAGCCCCUGACAUGGACGCAUGAUCGGACACCUCUCGCCUUGACGCCAAUGGCGAGGCUCGCGCAGUCAGCCCGGGGCGCCGGCUCGCCCCCGUCCCCGUCCCCGUGGCCACUCGCCUGCGCGCUCCUGUUUCUCGGCACUUGCGUGUGCGCGGGCCCGUCGUCAAGUCGCGCGCGGGGCCGUCUCGUGUGCUGGCAGGCUAUUAUGAAUUGCCAGGCGGAACCGGAGUGCCACUACGCGUACGGCCAGUACGUGCGCGCGUGUGACCCGGUGCUGAGCGGCCGGCGGCGCUCGUGCCCGAGCCACUGCAUCGCAUCACUUGUGCAGCUCAACCAGACUAAGAGCGGCCCUGCGCUGGAGGACUGCAGCUGCGCAGACGACCAGUUUUGUCGCGAAACCAAGCGCGCCAUCGAGCCGUGCCUGCCGCGGACCAGCAGUAUGGGCUGCACGGAGGCGCGGCGGCAGUGCGAGCGCGACGGACCCUGCCGCGCCGCCAUGGGUGACUACCUGCAGCACUGCGGUAAGCUGUUCAGCGGCGCCAUGUGCACGAGCGCGUGCCGCGGCGUCAUCGCGCAUAUGCGCCGCCUGCCCAAAGCGCAGCAGCUUGACACGUGCGUCUGCGACGGCGCCGAGCGGACCAUUUGCGAGUACGUCAAAGUGAGCAUGGACACGCUGUGCUUCGGCAUGCCGCCCGUUGUCGAUGUAGACGGAUCCGGGCGAGACGGGGACGAUGAAGAUGAUGAUGGAGGAGAAGACGAUAUCGAGGACAGCCAGAACAGCGCAAGAAAGAGCGUGCAGAACUUAAGUGCUCUUGCUGUACUUGCACCCAUCUUGGUAUUAUUACGGUUUUGGUGAUAAAAACAAACAGUAGACUUUUUUUCCCCACAUCAGAUCUGCAGCCGUUUUAACUUAACCAAAUGUACCUUUGCGUGACUUGACGACGUUGCAUCACCUUUGAUUAUCUAUGCAAAUGCACUGUUCAUUAACUGAAAUGGACAUCAGGAACCAUGGCACAGUUGCGAUAUUUAUUUCUGAGCUAGACCUCUACCAGGAUGUCACAGGACGGUCUUUCCCAAAUAAAAAGCAAGACUAAGCUCAGUCUGACACUACUGCCUUAAAAAAAGACUGCACACAUACAGUAGACAUGCUACUCUGACUUUGUCCAGCAACACUUGUUGACAGAAAGAGCAAUAUGUAUGUACAUCACGAAAAUUAUUUUGUUACCUAGAGAUUUUACAAUGCAAAGAUUUGCGCAGAAAGCUUUGCACUGCCAUUAUAAGACUACACAGCAAAAUCUCUCAUGCCACCCUUAAUUCAAAACAGUUGGGUUUUUGUUGACACACCAGGUGUUUAAUCAGCAGAGAUUUUGCUGUGUAGCCUUCUAAGCUAUUUUAUAUAAAGUUAUGAUUGACUGAGAGACUGAAUUAGAUUUCUAUUAGGAAUGUGUUUGGAAAGUAUUCGGCACGCUGGAAUAAGUUCAGAGACAACCGAGUGCUAUAGAGCAUUCGCUCAAAAGAACUGAAAACUAGCAUUUUCACACUCUGUAUUUGCAUCACAGCAUAGAAAGCAAUAUUUUGUAUCAUAAGAUGUCUAUAAAAAACGAAGCAUGAUUCCAGCUUUUAAGGGAAGUUGGUUAUUUUGUUGUACCGGGUUUCCUUUUAAAAUACUGUACAGUGUAAAUAGAUUUUCAGAGAAAUUUUAAAUGUGCUAUCUAAGAUGAAUUAUGGACUGUAGAAAAUGUCUAAAUCCACUGUAUGACUGCCUCAGUGAUGUACUUUUUAUAGAAGGCAUAAAAACAACAGUACGAAAACAAAAAAUGACUGUGUGUAAUCUGUUCC